GCUCCCUGUGCAGGUGGCAGCAGGUGCUCCGGAGCCCGGCCCCAGCAUGAGCUCCUUCGACCUCCCGGUGCCCUCGCCCCCGCACUGCAGCCCCCAGUUCCCCAGCAUCGGCCAGGAGCCCCCCGAGGUCAACCUGUACUACGAGAACUUCUUCCACCCGCAGGGCCUGCCCAGCCCGCAGCGGCCCCCCUCCUUUGAGGCGGGCGGCGAGUACGGGGCCACCCCCAACCCCUACCUCUGGCUCAACGGGCAGGCCAUGACCCCGCAGCCCUACCUGCCGGGCCCCAAUGCCAGCCCCUUCCUGCCCCAGGCCUACGGGGUACAGCGGCAGCUGCUGCCGGGCGUGUCCGGCAUGGGGGGCGGCGACCUGGGCUGGCUGCCCAUCCCGUCGCAGGAGGAGCUGAUGAAGCUGGUGCGGCCCCCCUACUCCUACUCGGCCCUCAUCGCCAUGGCCAUCCACGGGGCGCCCGACAAGCGCCUCACCCUCAGCCAGAUCUACCAGUACGUGGCCGACCACUUCCCCUUCUACAACAAGAGCAAGGCCGGCUGGCAGAACUCCAUCCGCCACAACCUGUCGCUCAACGACUGCUUCAAGAAGGUGCCCCGCGACGAGGACGACCCAGGCAAAGGGAACUACUGGACCCUGGACCCCAACUGUGAGAAGAUGUUUGACAACGGAAACUUCCGCAGGAAGAGGAAGAGAAAGUCCGACGUCUCGUCGGGCCCCGGGGAGAAGACGGAGAGCGGGCUCCUGGCGGGCAGCCCCAAGAGCGCAGACGCCCAGGACGUCUUGGAAGGCACCUCCCCGGGCUCCGCCGGCUCCCCCGAGCAGCGACCGUCCCCGGGGCCCCCGGGCACCCCAUGCCUCAACGGCUUCCUCUCCUCCAUGACGUCCUACGUGAGCGGGGCCAGCCCCGCCAGCCGCCCUGUGGCCACGCCGGGACUGAGUCCCGAGCCCACUGACAAGAUGGGGCAGAACUUGGGGAACUUCAACUCCUACACCCCACUCACCAGCCUCGGCGGCCACGGGGCCGGGGGAGAAUGGGCCAACCCCAUGCCCACCAACGCUCUGGGCUACGGAGGCGCUGUCCUCAACCAGUUCAGCCCCCACUUCUACAACAGCAUCAACACGAACAGCGUCCUCUACCCCCGGGAGGGCACCGAGGUCUAGGACUGCACAGUCCCUGAGCCACAUGGACGUGCCCGAGGUCCCCCGGCUGCCCAGACACCUCCGAGCUCCCAGACAGACACAGGAGGCUCAGAGCAAUUCCUCCUGUUUCCGGAACCCGGUGUCAACCUUCUGUGUCACCCAUACCUGGACACACACCCACAACUUGGCACUGGACAUGCUGGUGCCUGAGUGACAGUCACCAAGGCGGCCGGCCCUUUGUUGAGCACUUACUAUGUGCCUGGAGCCGUACUAGGCUCGGAAGGCCUAGCCACGCUUACUAUCUAGCUACCUUGUGGGGGUCCUAUGAAGGUCCUCAUUUUACAGAUGAGAAAACUGGGUCAUACAAACUGGUGCGUGGCAGAGCCAAGAGUCAGGUCCUGGGGGACUCCCACUUUGGGGGCCAGUGGAGGGAGGGGUGGAGGGAUUGACUGAGCAGCGAAGGAAGGUCCGGGAAAGCUGGUUGUGAUGAGCUCACCCACUGCCUCUGGCCUUCCAUCAGAACUUAGCACCAGCCCCGGGCACACGCCAUCCUGGUCCAAGUCGUGCUGUGGCCCCAGCUUCCCUGCAGCACUCCUUCCGCCGCCACUGGAGGCGGGCAGCCCAGGCCAUGCCCCCUCAGAGGGGCACCAUUUUCCCAGACCCGGAGACCUCCCGCAGGGCAGGGACAGGAGUGGUGCACCCCAAGCCCCCCACCCGGUGCUUCCCCACCCGCAAAGACCAGCUCCUUGUGUGCACGUCAUGGACCGGUGAGCGGGCGGCGGCUGAGCCUUCCAAGAGAAACAGGCCGGAGACCCGCUUCCCUUUCACAGCCCGAGAAGUGAGUGUCAGAACAGGCCUCACGGAGGGCCUGCUCCCGCCAGGGUCCAGGAGCAGCUCCUGGGACUGCUCUUGCUUCCGUAUGUACUUUACACGCUUCUGUAUGUACUUUACACGCUUCCAUAUGUACUUUACACACCUGCGAUCCUUCCUCACAGCACACCCUGGGAAGUGUUUUUUUGUUUUCUUUUUUUCUUUUUGAUUAAAACAA